ACUGCGCCGCUCCGCUCUUCUGUUUGUCAGACUCGCGAUCCGAGGGAGAGGAUCGAGCCGCCAUUUUCCGAGCUCGUCGCUUCCCCCUCGAACGAACAACAAUAAAAAACGGACAAAAGCGGGGUUUUCUCAGCCGACAACGAGUACGAAGACCUUCCGGAGAAGGAGAGAAGGGACCGCGCUCAAAGAACGACCGGAAAAGGGAUACAUUUCACUGCUUUUUCGCGGCUUUUGUAAGGGGCGAUUGAAAAACAGCCGACUGGGCUCCUAUAGCUCGACUGCCCCCGUUUCUUUCGCCCAUUUCGUGAUUCCUAAACGAAGCCCGGAGGAGUGGGAGGAGGAAAAGGAGGGGGUUACCGAGCACCGGAGCGCGCGAGAGGCCCGGGAUUUUUCCACCUGAACGUGCAACAGCGGAAUCUGCAUCUGGAUAAUUGCCUCUGCCUGUCAGUUAUUACUGCUAUAUUUCUUAAGCGUGGGGAUUUAUCACAUACAUUUCCCCCGGAAUCGGCUCCUCAUCACGUGGCUGCCCCCUGGCACAGUGGUAGGUGGGUGGUGUGGAGCUGGCCUCGGCACCGGGAGAGGCCCCCUCGCCCGCCCCCUCCCAGUGCUGCAUGGCUGCAAUGGCGCCCGCUCUGACCGACGCUCCGGCCGAAGCUCACCGCAUACGCUUCAAACUGGCUCCGUCCUCCUCCACCCUCUCCCCGAGUGGCGUGGAGGGAAGCGGCACCGGAAACCACAUCCUCGUGUCCAGUAACGGUGCCGUCAAGCGCAAGGCCUCGGAGGAGCGCCCCUCUCGCGGGGCCGGGCCCUGCAAGCCCCUUGUAACCUCAUAUCACUGUUCAGAUGUGUCCUCGGCAAAAGAGUCCCUGAAGCUGCAAGGUGUUCUUCUGCAGACGCACAGCAUACUGCCAAGCCUCAUACCACGCAAGCACCAGGCUUUAGAUCUCUGCGAGGAGCAGCCAAAGAGCAUCAUGAGUGCCAGUGGAGGAGGUGGACCAUGUGGGCCGCCCACCGUGCAAGGCGCCACUGUCAAUGGCAUAGCAAAGAAAGUGACUAAACUGACUGACCAAGACAAUGCGGUGACCUUAAAUGGUGGCCAAUAUACCAUCGAGCAGGAUUUGUCAAAUCAGACUGAAGUUGUCAAUUCUACCAGAGGACUGACAAGUAACGGUCCUCUUCGAGAAGGUGUGGAGCAGCACCAGCCGCCAACGGCUGAGUCCCAGAACUGUCCCAGUAAUGGAGAACCUCCCUCAACAUCCCUCACCUCCAUCGCACCUUUUACAGAAGACAAAAUCUCGGACUGUCCGCCGUUAGGCAGUGAAGAUACGUUAGCACUCUUACUCGCUGCCCACCAAGAUCCAUUAAUUGGUCUUGGAGUGGAGCUAAUUGACCGUACUCAGCACAGCCAGAGCAGACAAGGGGAGAUCGAGUCGCGGCUACGGCGAUUACGCAAACGGCUUCAGGUGGUGCAGGCCAAGCAGGUAGAGCGGCACGUGCAACAACAGUUAGGCGGACUACUAAAGAGCACUUUGGGUGCUCUGAAUGCCAGGCGGCCGAGGGGGCGUUACGGCGAUGACUCACUCACCCCUCAGGAAAGGGAUGGACUAAGACGUUUCCUGAAGAGUGGAUCCAUGCCGGCUGAGUUGGAGCAACUGUCCUUGAGCUGCACAACCAACCUGCAUUCCACCGAAUGCGCGUUCGAUUCUGACGCCACAGAAAGCAGCUCAGGAGGAGAAACUGAUGUAGAGGAGGAUGAACUGGCUCGGGUCGACAUCGAGCAACGCCACAUUCCUCUAAAUACGUCUGACCAAUCGACCGGCCAGGGACUGGAAUUAGCCGGUUUUCUGCAUGAUCGGCCCAAACCAGUGACCAGCCGAUGUAGGAGAGCAGAAGGCCGUUAUGCUGUUGACCGAGCUGCCAUCAUCAGUCACUGGAACUGGCUGCAGGCCCAGGUUUCAGAUCUGGAGUACCGUAUACGCCAACAGACCGACAUUUACAGACAAAUCCGCUCCAGCAAGGGCAGUGUUGCACUUGGGGAGAGCUCCGUGUGUGAGUCAGUACCAGAGAACAACAGUGACUCAAGGACAGAGACCAUUACCUGCCCUGUCCCACGGGAGCUUGAUACUGGUGCAGUGGAAACAUCUGUAUCAUCUAAUGGUAUCGUCACAGAAACUGACUUGAGGAAAAGCUGUGGACCUGUGAAACAGGUCAAUGGUGUUAUCAACAGCUUACUGCCCAGUUCCCCUGUCCCCUUGGACCCAGACGAGCAGAGCCGCUCCGAGUCCCAGCAGAAGCUGGAGACGGGCCCUCAGGCUUCUCCUGCACCAGACAGCACAUGUGUUGCGGCCCGCACGCGUCCGCUGCUUUCAUGCAGGAAGCGCAGAGUCCUCCGGCCCGGCUCGCUCACCAGUCUCAAUCGUAAGGCUCAGAGGUCAGUGGCUCCUCGCUGUGGCUGUGAGCUGAAUGCUCAGUGUGUGAUGUGCAGUGGACGUGCUCUUCCUCCUGCAGACACCCAGCACCAGCUCCCUCUACUGGACAGACUGGCACAGUUCGACCCCUGCGUUCACCCCAUCCUCUCAUUUACAGACGAUGUGAUGAUGAAUCUCCAUAUGCAGCGGGUGCUGAAGGGACACUGGCAGAAUCGUCCUCUGGAUAAGAUCAAGCCCAUCAAGAAGAUCUCGCUCAAGCACAAGUUGUGUAUGGGGAGCCGCAUCUCAGACCCGUCAUCCAAAGACCGACACAAGCUCGCCAACUCUCUCCUCUCCACAGUCCGUUUGUCGCAUCCUAAGGUGCGCUCAGAGAAGGUCUUUCAGCAGCAGUUAGACAUCCCAAUCAGUGCCAGUAAACAUGACUCUCGCCAGCCUUUCCGCCGGAGCAGUUCUUUUGACAGGACUCACGGCCGAAAGAGACCUCGUGAACCCUCGCUGGACCGUGCUGAAAAUGCUCCAAAGUUGAAUAUGGACAUGGGGAGUCCGUGCCCAUCUCUGUCUGCUCUCAACACACCCACCCACAGUCCUCUGAUGAGACAGCCGUCAAUAUCCGAGACCUACACACCCCUCCACCUCAACAGCAGCGCUGCCACUAUUCGCCGACGGAGAGGAGAGAGCCCCUUCGACAUCAAUAACAUCGUCAUCCCCAUGUCUGUGGCCGCCACCACCCGCGUGGAGAAACUACAGUACAAAGAGAUCCUUACCCCGAGUUGGCGAGAAGUGGACAUUUUUGCAAAACCAAUAUCUGAAGAGGAUGAUGCUGUGGAGAUCGAGGAUCUCUCUGACGUCACGUUCUCUCAGCUUCACCUUCCGUGUGAGGAGCAGGAGCGCUCUCGCUGGAGUUGGACUGCCAGCAACAUCGCAAAGAGAAGAGGCAGCAGGUCAUACAAGUCUGUGGACGGACGGACAACCCCGUUGAUGUUCGGCACAAACCCCUCCACACCGCAGCCCUCGUCUCCAGACACGCCCCAUUUCCACAUGCUGCAUGAUUACAACUCGGUGACAUCUCCCUCCAGCCCAGUCAGUCCAGAGAUGCUGAUGCUGUCCGGCCUCCACACACCCGGCUCCAGAGACUCGCAGCGGCUGCAGUCCAACGAGGACACACGCUGCUCCACCCCAGAUACCUACGAGGAAAUGGCUCCCCAGCCGGUUCAGCCGUGGGAAUGCCGGACCUUUCCCCUGGAUGUGGAUCCGCAGCAGGAGAGCGAAACCCUACACAGUCCAGCCGGCGAGAGGCCCUGUAGGACCAUUCGACGGGUGUCCGGGUGCAGGUCGUCCAAGUCGGAGUCUGACGCUGGGCCUCCGUCACCUCUCGAUGAUGACUGCGCCAAGCAAAAACAAAGCAACCCACCCAAACCUACUCACCGAUGAAGCCUAGACUCUGCCCACCCACCGAACCCCCGCCCACCAGCUUUCACCAACUCCUGAAACAGCAGCAGCAUAGAUGGAAAAAAAUAACCAACGACGAAACGAAUGAAAGACCCUGUUGUUUGAUAUUCAAACAUCAGUUAAUUCUUUCACGCUUUUUAGUGAAUUGUAUGGAGAUGCAUAUGAAGACUUGUUUUAAUUCAGUCUCGCUUUUGGGUCACUGGAGAAAAAAAGUGUAUUAAAUUAAAUUAGCUUGAGGGCUAAACCAAAAUAAGCAGCGCCGAAACGUAUCGUAUGUAACAGAAGAGCACUUCCCCCUUAGCAUGCUGUCGUACUGAGGGGCUCAGCUUGCAUUGUGUGUGGCACCUUUCCAGAUUUUUCCAAUAUUUUCCAAUUCUAAACUUACUCCUUCAGAUUUGAAGUUUAUACUGGAGUGAUAAAACGCAAAAAUCAAGUCAAUGAUAGUGAUUGCAAGAGACAAAGUGUGUGAAAGCACUUCGAAUUCUUUUUCUCUACACAUUCCCUGCCUAUUAUUUUAAACAGACAAACUUGCCCGAGAAGUGCAUGAAUUCCACUUCCUGGUUUCAUUUCAGUCCUACAUUCUCGUUAAUAGCGCGGUUUGUCUGUGCCCCACUUCUGUCAAAGUGACGGAGAGAGAGCAGGUGCCAGAAAACCAAACUGCUCUCAUGCACCUUUUAAACGCCACUGUCUGUUUGAUUAGAGCACUUAAUUGGUCUCUUGCACGACACGAUUGCCAGUAAACCUGAAUAAACGCACAGGAUGUGAACAUUUGAGACAAGAUUGCACUCUGUAGCUUAGCAUCGUGGAACAAGAUGGCUCUUUCUCGUGUGGGCCUGCAUUAGUGUGAAUUUUAAAGCACUUGACGUUGCUGUGCAUGAUCGGGUUAGUCCAGAAAACGUUGAGUCACUCCAAUAUAAACUGAAAUUUGGUGCCACUUGACCUUGAUUUCGUCCGAACCCUAUAUAAAAGAGCUCUUCAUUGAUUGGUCAGGUCUAAACUCUUUGUUUAAUAACACAAUCUGCAGUAGCUACAGCCAUCAUCGAAUCCCGUAACUUGAUGUUCGAGUAAUAAUGUCAGCUGGAGUGCUUGAUAGGAAAGGACUUGGCAAAUUUUCAUUCGUUGGCUCCUCUGUUGCUGGCGGUCACAGCCCCGGUUUUUUUUAUUUCUGUUAGCUCCCCAGUCAGUGAGUCACUGCUUGCUACUCCUUCCUGUUAUUUGAACUAAUACGAAUGUACAAGUCUAAUAGCGGACACCAGUUACUUAAGAUUUUUAUAAGUAGCUUCUCUGUAUCUGUCGUCACACGUUUCUAGCUAUUGUAGCCAUUUGUUCUUGUUUAAGGGAUGUCAUGUAAACCAGAAAUCCUUAAUAUAUUCCUUUUAUCUCACUGGAGUGUAUCAGCGUUCAUAGCGUCAGAGAAAUCUCAUCUGUUGAGGUUGUGUGGCAAAUCAUAAGGGGACCAUCUACGACUGUCCCAUUCAUUCUUAAUAUCAUUAAUUAUGGUUUUAUGUCUCUCUCUCUGUGGGGGUCUGUGUACUUAUCAGGCAAAUGUACCUUAAGGUUUGACAAGCUUUCGAAAGCCAAUAUUGUAUCGUGUGAGUUAUUUUCAUACUUUGAAUUUCCAGUGUGGGGAAUGAGGGUUGGGUGAGUCUGGUGUAUACUUUAGCAUGUAAUAGUUUGUACAAAACGACAACAACAACAAAAAAGUUUAUUUUGUACAUACCUUGUUUGAUUCUUUACUGUGUUUGAUGUUCAGGCUGUAGCUGUCCUGAUUGUUUAGGGAGAAGACACACGAAUAUUUAACUUUCUUUAUGGAGAGGCAACAAAAAAGAAAAAAAGUUUAUGGAUGAUUGGCAAAUAUCUGACAGACAGGCAACAGUUUGUGCUUCUCAAAUUAAAAGUGAAUUAUAUUGUA